GGCUAGAUGGCUUCACAAGAUGGCGGCGCACUGAGAGCGUAACAUCUGCGUUUCCAGGAGCUUGCCGCUGCGGCUUGGUUCAAGAUUCCGGGGUUGUACAGGCCCAGGCCAGACCCGUUGUCCGACAGGAACAUCGGCAUCGGAGAUGGCUCUGAGUAAAUCAAUGCAUGCAAGAAAUAGAUACAAGGACAAACCUCCUGACUUUGCAUAUCUGGCAUCCAAAUAUCCUGAUUUUAAGCAGCAUGUUCAGAUAAAUCUGAAUGGAAGAGUGAGGAGAUCUGGCAAAACUGGGCUAACAAACUCCCUACACAUUACUUGCCUAGAACUGAGUGGUGGCCAUAACUUUGGAGUAAUCAUUUUAGUCACUGGCAUCAUUCUCUCAAAGGUGUGGUCAUUGAACUGGCUGCUCAGCCACAAACUGGUACUGUCUGCAAGUCUUAAUUUUAAAGACCCUGAAGCAGUCAGAGCCCUGACUUGCACUCUCCUAAGGGAAGAUUUUGGACUUUCCAUUGAUAUUCCAGUGGAGAGACUAAUUCCCACAGUUCCCUUGAGACUCAACUAUAUUCAUUGGGUAGAAGAUCUGAUUGGUCACCAGGACUCUGACAAAAGUACUCUCCGAAGAGGAAUUGACAUAGGAACUGGAGCAUCCUGCAUCUAUCCCUUACUUGGAGCAACCUUAAAUGGCUGGUAUUUCCUUGCAACAGAAGUGGAUGAUAUGUGUUUCAACUAUGCAAAGAAAAAUGUGGAAAAGAAUAACUUAUCUGAUCUCAUAAAAGUGGUAAAGGUGCCACAGAAGACCCUCCUGAUGGAUGCGCUUAAGGAAGAAUCUGAGAUUAUCUAUGACUUCUGCAUGUGCAACCCUCCCUUUUUUGCCAAUCAAUUAGAAGCCAAGGGAGUGAACUCUCGGAAUCCUCGACGACCUCCACCUAGCUCUGUGAAUACGGGAGGUGUCACAGAGAUCAUGGCAGAAGGAGGUGAAUUAGAGUUUGUUAAAAGGAUCAUCCAUGACAGUUUACAACUUAAAAAAAGAUUGAGGUGGUACAGCUGCAUGCUGGGGAAGAAGUGUAGCCUGGCUCCUCUGAAGGAAGAGCUCCGCGUACAGGGGGUUCCCAAAGUCACCUACACCGAAUUCUGUCAAGGUCGGACAAUGCGAUGGGCUUUAGCUUGGAGUUUUUAUGAUGAUGUAACAGUACCAUCCCCACCGAGUAAGCGGAGGAAGCUAGAGAAGCCGCGGAAACCCAUUACAUUUGUGGUGCUGGAAUCUGUGAUGAAGGAACUGUCCCUGAAAGCCUCGUCCCUCGGGGCGGAGACGGUGGAAGGCAUAGUGGUGGUGACGACCUGGAUUGAAAAAAUCCUCACCGACCUCAAGGUGCAGCAUAAGCGAGUUCCCUGUGGGAAGGAGGAGGUUAGCCUGUUCCUAACAGCCAUAGAAAAUUCCUGGAUCCAUUUAAGGAGGAAGAAAAGAGAGCGCGUGAGACAACUGAGAGAAGUUCCUCGAGCUCCUGAAGAUGUCAUCCAGGCCUUGGAAGAGAAGAAGUCCACCCCCAGGGAGUCUGGGGGCGGCAGCCAGGACGGGGUGCAGGGCCCUGGGGAGAGUGCCCCAGGUGGGCCUGCUCUGCACGAACGCCAGCCUGCUGCUGCUGGGGGCCAUUGCGCAAGCCAGGAGUCACUUUCCCAGGAAGGAAACCCAGAACCCAUGGAGGAAGAGCGGAGUGAGGAGAAAGGAGGGCCGGAGGCUGUGGAGAGCUGCAGGGGCUCUGGCCACGGGGCCCAGGACCCAGAGGCUCCUGAGCAGCUGAGCAGCCCUGGGGCUGAGACAGGCAGGCCUCCGCCAGGAGCGGCUGCACAGUACCUGUUUAAGUGUCUCAUCAACGUUAAGAAGGAAGUGGGCGAUGCCUUAGUUGAAAUGCAUUGGGUUGAGGGCCAGAACAGGGAUUUGAUGAACCAGCUGUGCACCUACCUGCGGAACCAGAUUCUCAGGCUUGUUGCCAGUUAACUGCAGACUGCGGGUCCAAGUAGAGAGGUGUCUGUGAAGCCUGCUCUGAGAGCCCUGUGGGCUGGCGAGAGGAAACCCAGCUCCGGCUCCCUUAGUAGCCUCAUGCGGCAUCACCUAAAGAGAAGAAGCCAAUUAAUCCAUUCCCUGGCCCCCACCCCUUUUUUUCUUAAGUUCCAGAGAGCUGUAUUGUGGAAGUUCAGGAGGGAGAACUUGCUUAUCAGCCACGACAAAAAGCCAUCAGGAAACUCAGGAGGGACUUCAAGGAGCCUCCAGCGGGCCACCUCAGCUUUGGACUGUUGUAGUGUCAGGAGAGCAUGGGGCGGGCAGGCCCUGGGUCCUCUAGUCCUAGGGCCCCCCCAGGCUGGACCUGCUCACUCUGGCCGAUUAUCCCUGCAGCUGUCCUAAGAAAGGAGCUGGCGCCGGGUGGGAGGUGAGGGAAGCUGCGGGAGGCAGUCGGUUCCUGGCCCAAGGCCGUCGUGUUGCUCAUCAGGAAGCACUGGGUAAGCCGAGCCCGUCCAUGUCAGACACCCGCCCAGCGUGCUAGACCCUGCCUCCAGCCUUCAGCCUCCUAAGAGUACUGUUUUGCAGCAGGGCUACUGCUGUCUCGUUUUUGUUUUUAAUAUAAGAAUUCUUGAAUCAAGAACUGUCCUUCCUGUGUGAGUCCUGGGCUUGGGAGCCAUUUUCUUGGCCUUGCGGGGUAAGUGGCAGGAUGAUGGAAAUGCAAAAGGGGCAAGACCUGUGUGCAGCAGGGAAGUCUCACCCGUGCUGCUGACCAGAUGUCGCCCUCUGUGGCUUCACGUGUAGUCUACUCCAUGUUUUCCUGCUAGUGUUGGAGAAUUCUGUGGCCAGGGUGACUUAAAACCCUUCCCCAGUUGCAGUGCCAGGGUUGAGCAGAGAAGCCUCUGGAAGGAAUCUCCUUUUUGUUCUGGCGUGUCAGUAACCCUCUGCCAUACUUGACUUUCACAGCUUGAUUUUCCUCCAGCAGCUGGGGGUUCUAUUCCAGACUAAAACCUCGGCCGAAUAGCUAAGCCAGCCCUUGGACAGGCAGCUGUUGGUUAGGGGAGAAAGCAGAUGGCCUUGGCGUAUCUUGGUGGCAGCCAGAUCAGGUACUCAAAAAAGGUAUAGAAAAUGAAAAUAUGUUGCCUCCCCAUGGCACGGGAUCCUGAGCUGAACAGGGCAGUGUGCUCACCGGGCCCACAGACCUCUAGGGCACCCACAAACCUUCUGGAAUUACUUCUAAGUGUUCUGUGAGCAGCUGUGUUUUGUUUUUAUUCUGGGGAGUGGGACCGCAGCAUAGAGCGGAUCAGUAACCUGUGAAGGAUUAAGAGCCACUGUACUGGUCCAGCUGCUCAGUUGUCAGAACGAGGGACCCAGGGUCAGAGUCACACAGCCAGUGUUCGGGCCAGGGCAUUCUCCGAUGGGCUGGCCACCACCACCUGACAUCACUCUUGAAUCAAAUGCUGGCCCCUGCCUAGUGUUCUUGAUAUGAUUUGAAGAUCUUUGAGUUCCGUGGCACCUGGUCAGCAUUCCACAAGUCAUCAGUGAGUUCUUGUUUGCUUGUUUAUAAAAGAGUAGUGCCUGCUCAUUAAAAAAGAUUUGGACAAAUGGAAACCACAACAUAACUGCCCCUGGCCUCAGCUGCUCGGACUGACCGCUCUGGUGUCGCGUCGCCGUGUUUGCUGCCUAGCUUUCUGUGGCUAGGGUUGUGGGUCGUGCGUCGCCUUGGCUGUGCUCCUGCUGUGCCUUCAACUUCCUAGGUGGUGAUUGUUUUUUUCAUGUAGCAUCUUUUUCUAUGUGAUUGCAGCUAGCAUGUUUAUUUACACUCCUUGUGUGUUCAGUGUUUCUGGCUUAGAGCUGAUCUUUGUUUAGUCUUAGAGGGUCCCAGAGAAUGUUCUGUGACUGGAGGCACAAGAGGUGUGUCUGUGCCUGGUAUCAAUCCCAGGUGGAGGCUUGGUGUCACGGAGGAGGUUUUAUAGCUGCUAAGCUGAGGACCUUAGAAUGUACAAAGCCCCCUAGGACAAGGGAGGCGUCCCUGGGCUCGGAGGUGCUGGAGCCUGUGUGCUUUCCUUGUGUUUGGAGGUCUCCCUUUCCUCCUGAGAAGAGUCAGAUGAUCUUGUUGAAAACAUCUGCAUUCAAAGGACACCUGCCAGCCGGGCUCUGCACAGGCUGCAUGAAGGGUGAUGUGCAGGGCACCCCUUGUGCAGGAGAGAAGGGGACUCUCCUUCACAGGGGUUACCUGGAGUGGUGCUCUCCUUAAGUCUGGAGGUCAAGUUCUGUUGGUGAAUUGGUUGGAAAUUAAAUCUUUGUGGUGUUGUCUUCAAUUCUAUUCUGGUCCCUUGACUUGCCUUCUGAUCGUUUGAUGACUAAAACGGGAGCAGAAGCGCGGCUUGUUUCCGAGGCAAACCAAGGCUGCUUUUGUUCGUUCAAGUCUGCUUUGGAAUCUGGUUCUCACCCCGCGUCCUCGCCCCACUCUGGCCACCCCGAGCUUCGUGGCACCUCCUGCAGGGUUGGCAGCCCUGUGGUGAGGUGUCAGCCCAUUUUAAGGGUUCCUAUUGAUUCAUAUGUAUUUCAGAAAACAAAAGCUCUUUUUUCUUAGUGGAAAUCAAGGCUUCCUCUGUGAGCACACCAGUUCGUAAACUCUAACAGGAAUAAUACAAACUGCAAGGUGUGAGAACGACAUAAAGGUCCAUGGAGAAUCUGGGGCCGUCUUUUUUAGGGACUUAAUGCGUUUUUGACUAGCUGUGGGAACAGCCCCUCCCUCGUCCUAAGCCACAGCAUUUCCAUGUACAGCCACAUGGGGGCAGCGGUGGCCCUUUUAUCCAGCACAUUCGCUGUCAGAUAUAGAUAAAAUUGUGUCCAUGUUUCUUGAAAUCCAGUUACUACCCAGAUAAGUAUUUUUAUGUAAACAAGUACAUUUUUACAUAACUAAAAUUUGAAAAAUAAAAGUAUAAAGAGAAAAACA